AUGAUCAAGUGUCUGCAAACAAACCAAAAUAGAUGUUGGGCAGCGUUUAACCUUCUACACCAGUUGGUUAGAGAACAUGAAGUGGACAUCUGCUUUAUCUCAGAGGCCUACACUACCCCCUUACAUAGUAGUUGGCUUACAGACGCCUCAGGCAACGCUUGUUUGUGGCUAGUCAACCCCUCCGCUGUUGAAGCUAUUGGUCACCACAGUGAAGACGGUUUCGUGUCGGCUGAAACACGUGACUUUGAUGCCAAAUCGGAAGAAUGGGGUGAGGACCGGAACGAUGUUAGAGAUAGGGAACUAGCUGAGAUGGCAGCGAGACUCAACCUUAUUAUACUCAAUACGGGCGCAACGGCAACUUUUAGAAGACCUGGCCAGAGGGAAUCCAUUCUCGACGUACCCCUUGCCACACCUGGGAUAGCCAAAGCUGUUUAUAACUGGGAAGUCCUAGAAGAGUAUAAUGCUAGCGGCCACCAGUAUAUAACAUUCCGGAUCGUGAGUUCACCUGUCACUAAAAUGUCGGCUAAGCGUGGUACCUUUAUAGGAUGGAACACAAAUAAGUUAGACAAGCAAAAACUAUUAGCUAAAAUAAAUACCGGAAAGGCGGCUCUGGAAGGCCUAAUCACAGAAUCACUGGACUGGAAAACUGCGGAGGAAUUAGCGGCAAAGACGACUAAGCUAACAUUUCAGGCUUGUAAUGACGCGAUGCCUCGGAAGUACUUCAUCUGUAAACGCAAGCCGGCGUAUUGGUGGACAAAUGAAAUCGCAUCCCUGAGAUGCGAGUGCCUAAUGAGACGCCGAAAAGUAACUAAGGACCAUCGUAAACUGAGAUUGACGCAAUCGAGCGCUGACGAUGAACGAUAUAAGUCAGGGAAGAAAGCUCUCAACAAAGCGAUUAAAGAUAGCACGAAAAGAUGCUGGCAAAAACUUUGCAAUGACCUUGACAACAAUCCAAUCAUGGAACCACCCGUAGGACCAAAAGACCACCAGACGAUGGCAGAAAUAGUCAAAGGGCUGUUCCGACAACACCAACCACGAACGCUCUCCGACUAUGCCUUUGAUGUAGAAAUCCCAGUUUUCACUAGGCAGGAGCUUAUAGAAGUCACAAGCUCAAUGGAAAAUAACAAGGCGCCAGGCCCGGAUCAAAUACCAGUCCUGGUUAUAAAGACUAUAGCUAAAGAGCAGCCAAACAUACUUCUAAAUAUGUUUAAUACAUGCCUUAAAGCCGGUGUCUUCUGCAAACCCUGGAAAAUCCAGAGGCUUGUGCUUUUAGACAAAGUGACUACCUUGAUUAGCGGUUCUUACUAUACGAAACAAGAGAAGGCCAAAAUAAAAUGCAAAUCACAGCAGGGGCUGCCCAGGGCUCAGUAUCUGGACCGGACCUCUGGAAUAACGUGUACGACGAUCUGCUCAGGAUAG